CCCAGUACAGCUCCAUCAGUCAGUUUAGUUCAUUGAGUGGCACGGCUGUGUCUCCACCACCACCACCACCGCCAUGCCUCUAGUCACUCUCAUCACAAACCUUCCUGAUCACAAGCUUUCCGAGGACUUCCAUCUCGCUCUUUCCUCCAAGUUAGCUGAGGCAUUAGGAAAACCAGAGGAGCGUGUGUCGGUGAGGCUGCAGUGUGGGCAGAGGAUGGCUCGUGGCGGGUCUAUGGCGCCGGUGUGUGAGCUGCAUGUGGCCUCCAUCGGGCUGGAAGGCAGGGACAAGACGCAGCCACUCGCAGAAGUAAUGACUGACUUUCUGGCGAACUCCACGGGCAUUCCACCCAAGAGGAUUCUAAUGAGCUUCUCAGCCCUUCAGCCCCACAAUAUUGGCUGUGAGGGGAAGUUGAUGGGCUGAUGAUGAUGAUGCUGAUGAUGGGAAGGUGAUGGGAAGACGAGGUAAGGAGGAGGAGGAGGAGGAGGAGGAGGAGGAGGAGGAGGAGAC